CCGGGUCGAGCCGUAGGUGACCUCCUGAAUCCAAAAGCUUUUCCCUGAGUUAACAUGGCUGCGGCCGGCCAGCGGCUGCGACGCCGAUGAGGAAAGGACGCGAGGCUUUUCCGAGGUUUUGCCCGCGAUCCGUCAGCAAUGGCGCUGCGGUCGCGGCUCUGGGAGAGGCUGUCGGUUUGCCGGAACCCUGGUAAUUCCCACUUCUCUCAGAUGACUCCCCGGGGCCUGCACAGGUGUGGGGUCGCAGCGCUCUCAACCGGUUCCAAGCCAGCGGCGAAGCCUGAUGUGGACCGUCUGGAAAACGCGGCUGUUGCCCCAGAGUUCACCAAUCGGAACCCCCGCAAUCUGGAGCUCUUAGGUGUGGCCAGGAAGGAGCGGGGUUGGGGGACGGCGUGGCCCUCGCGUGAGUUCUGGCACAGGUUGCGAGUUAUAAGGACUCAGCAUCAUGUAGAAGCGCUGGUUGAGCGUUGCAACGGCCAGGUUGUGGUUUCAGCAUCCACUCGGGAAUGGGCUAUUAAAAAGCAUCUUUACAGCACCAAAAACGUGGUGGCCUGUGAGAGUAUAGGACGAGUGCUGGCAGAGCGAUGCUUAGAGGCAGGAAUCAACUUCAUGGUCUACCAACCCACUCCUUGGGAGGCAGCCUCAGACUCGAUGAAACGACUACAGAGUGCCAUGACAGAAGGUGGUGUGGUGCUGCAGGAGCCUCGGAGAAUCUAUGAAUGAAAGAGGAGCAUUGUUCCGAACGUGUGAAUAUAAAGCUGUGAGCUGUUCCGUCCUUCAGAAGAGAGCAUCUGGAAGAACAGCCAGCUUGGAAGUUUUGUAUAAUCAUGUAACGGUGGAAUGUUAUCACUAGUUAAGGUCAUCCCCUCCUCCCCUUGUGUGUGUGUGUGUGUUGGGGGGGCAGUGGUUUAAUCAAGGGCUAAAUUCUUCCCCUCUCUUGGACAGAAGUAUCUGGGAAAAGCUGUUGCCAAUUAUAAUUAACUUUGCAAGGACAAAUUAAAUGUUGUUUGUAAGUUAAAGAAUAAACGCAGAUAUGAGCA